AUGUUGGUCGCACUGUCGCCUAUACCGCGCGCAUCGAAACGGGGCUACUCGGCCCAGCCAAAGCCGGCCGUUGUCGUCCGUGUCGCGACGAGGAGCAGCAGCAGCAGCAGCCUGUUGAACUGGCUACGAGGGUACCACGAUAGGGGCUGUCUUGACCAUCGGAUGUUGCACGCUGCUCUGCUCUGCUCUGCUCGAUUGGGGAAAACGAUACAAGCGACUGCUUACCAAAUCGACGGCCAGCGCGACGGCAAGGAAGCGUUUGGUCUAGUACAGGGUGUUGAGGUGGGCUCUCACACUCACGCUCAGGCACGUUGCGGCAUGCCUGUAGAGAUCCCUCGCAGGCGCAUAGGCGAAUCCUCGGUAUUGAGGGCAGCAGCGGUAGUGGGCAAGCGUAGUCGUCUCGGGUGCUACCCGAACCCAGUCUAA